CGCGCACCUUCAUUGCAGAGCAAGAGGCGCGCAGCGGCAGUAGGAAGCGUUGCGUGUGGCGCGGAGGGAAACAGUCUUUUUACAUUUUUAUACGAGAAGGUUUCUUGUCUCCCUUUCCCAAACAGUUUUGACGCUCAUUCAGGAUCUAUCUCAGAAGUAUUGGUAUGGCUGCGCUGUCGGGAGGAGAGAUGUGCGUCAAAUAUCUGAUGUUCGCGUUUAAUUUGAUUUUCUGGCUUACAGGUAUCGCCGUGCUGGCCAUAGGGUUGUGGCUGAGAUUUGACCCAAAGACCAAAGGCUUGUUUGAAGGAGCAGACUUUCCCUAUGUCUUCUUCACAGGAGUGUAUAUUCUGAUUGCAGCAGGAGCAUUGAUGAUGGUGGUAGGCUUCUUGGGAUGCUGUGGGGCUAUCCAGGAGUCUCCUUGCAUGCUGGGGCUGUUCUUCGCCUUCCUGCUCAUCAUCUUUGCCAUUGAAGUCGCUGCUGGAAUCUGGGGCUUCUCAAACCAAAGCAAGGUGGUUGACGACAUCACUCAGUUCUACAUGGACACAUACAACAACUACGAGAAAUCAGGAGAGAACACCCUGAAGGAGACCCUGCGACUGAUUCAGACUGGGUUGGACUGCUGUGGUCCAACCGGCACUGUUGGGGACUUUGCGAAGGACACCUGUCCCCCGAGAGAUGGCCUGGAGCAACUGAUCACCAAGAGCUGCCCUGAUGCAAUUGAUGAAGUGUUUGACUCCAAGCUACACAUCAUCGGAGGAGUGGGUAUCGCCAUCGGGGUUGUCAUGGUGUUAGGGAUGAUCUUCAGCAUGCUGCUGUGCUGUGCCAUCAGGAAGUCUCGGGAGGUGGUUUGAUGACCACCCUACGGCCGCACACACCUCCCACUCUUUAUGUUGCAUGAUGUCAUUGCUAGAGUCACAUGACUCUCCCCAGCCAAUGGAGACUUUGCUUGUUCUGGAGGGUGGAGCCGUGCCGAUAACCUGAUCUUUGUUACUAUGCUCCGGCCAGUGGUGAAAGAGGUGAGCAUGAUUGACAGAUCAGGUGAUCUCCACUGCAUCAAGGCCCGCCCUCCUGAUCAAGCAGGAUGGUGUUGAUUGGCCCGUAGAGAGCCUGAAUUGCACCUGUCAACUCCUCUUAGCAGGAGAUUAAGUCACGAUCAUCCAAUCUGUAUGAAUAAAUAGCAUUGAUGUUGUAUGAUUAACACAAACUGUCCAAAACUUGAAUUGUCCAACGAUGAUGUGAGUGUAUUACAGUAUUUACACCAAAUAACAGUACAUCUCUACUGAGAUUCAGAUUAGACAGGAGAAUCUUGGCUAAGGUCAGAACACACUCUACUUGGCCAGUGGAAUUCCUUAACCAAAACUAAUGGAAACAAACCACGGUGACUAAAAGCCAAUAGGAUGUCAGGAUGUAAACAGUGGUGAACAGUGGUGUGUGGUAGAGGAGCAGCCUGGUCGCUCCAGUAGUUACACCUUUCUUCCUUUUCUACCUCUUAAUUCCUACUUCUCUCUUCUCUUUCUCUUACUGCCGUUCUAAAAAAAAAAUAUGCCUUGAAACCUCUGACUCCUUUUGUAUAACUUUAUUUUGAUUUUUUGUUAAAGAUUUCUAAAUAACGAGUUGUAGGUUGUUAAUGGUGCAUUUGGUUUAUUCUAGUAAGCUGAAUGAUGUCCACUUUUAUAAUGUCUUGUUCAUCUCACACUUUGGGUCGAUUUGUUUGUUGCACAGAAGCAAGGUUGUAAUGAACGUUGUAACAGCCAAAUAAAUUGUAAUCUCCAAA